GGAUUCAUAUGUAAAAAUCUAAAGAAUAUAUGCUUACUUAUGGAUGAUCUACAUGUUGUUGGUGCAUGUCUGUCUUUCAAAGAACAAACGUACCUAUCCUAUUUUCCAUUAAUGUAAUCAUGCUUCAGGGAGCAGCAAACAGAAAGGUAGCUGCCACUAAUAUGAAUCUAGCAAGCAGCCAUUCUCAUAGUGUGUUUACAUGCAUCAUUGAAAGUAAGUGGGAAUCCCAAGGGGUAACUCGUCACCUGUUCACUCGACUUAAUCUUGUAGAUUUAGCAGGUUCUGAAAGGCAGAAGAGUUCUAGUGCUAAAGGUGAACGUUUGAAGGAAGCUACUAAUAUCAAGUCUCUUUCAACAUUAGGGUAUGAGUUGCUAUCUUAUUUUAUUGGGUGAGAUUAUUUUAUCCAUGGUUAUGAUCCAAUAUAUACUCUUUCUACUGAUGUUAUUUCAAGCUUGGUUGCUCUAAGAAGGAAAACUUUUGAAGACGAAAUCCAAGAUACUAGGAAUUUUCUAAUAUAAAGAUAUGGGCAGCACAAGCCGGGUGUUGAUGCAAUUGAAUCAAUCCAUGAUGGUACACUCGCAGGAAGAUAUUUGGGUAAAUUUUUUACCGUUCAGAACUUAAAGAUAGUUUUUUUUUUUUUUUUUUUUUUGGGGGGGGGGGGGGAUGAUUUAGAGCUUUUUGGACGGUUUUGAAGUUAGAGGACAGUUUUUGAUAUUUAGAAACAUAGUUUUUGGAUGGUUUGUAAUGUACAAACAAUUUUUGGAUGUUCGAAACUUAUAAAUAGUUUUUUUUAUGCUUGAAAUAAUAUUUUGGUGGUUGAUUGA